AAACAGCAGUAGUGUUGGUCGUGUUUCCGUGACGUCGUGCGGAUAGGUUGUCAUCCGGUUUCUUCCUCCUCCUCCGUUCCAGGCUGCGGUUUGAAACAGGCACACAGUGCACACACGGACGAGGAUGUAUCCUGUUGGUCAGCCCCCUGGGCCCCCUAGUGGCGGCGGAGGAGGAGGCCCGGGAGGGGCGCCACGUGCCCCACCCCCCGUCACCCCGGUUGGUGCGGUGACUCCCCUCGGGGGUGGCCCCGUGCCCCUAGGUCCGCCAGCCCCGGCCCCAGCCCCCGUAGCAGCGGCUGCGUCGGGUGCCCUCGGUCCUGCCGAGAUGGUUGUUGCAGCGGCCGUGGCACUGCCGCAGUUCUCCUGUCCACGGCGUCCCAAUGUAGGCACCGAGGGAAGGCCAAUCCUGCUGCGGGCCAACCACUUUCAGAUUUCCAUGCCUCGCGGGUUCCUGCACCACUACGAUGUCACCAUCACGCCUGACAAGUGUCCACGCAAAGUCAAUCGGGAGAUAAUAGAGACGAUGGUCCAGUCGUAUUCCAAGAUAUUUGGCAACCAGAAGCCAGUGUUUGAUGGCCGCAAGAAUAUGUAUACUCGAGACGACCUGCCCUUGGGCAAGGAGAAGGCCGAGCUGGAAGUGACCCUUCCGGGCGAGGGCAAGGACCGUGUGUUCCGGGUGGCCAUCAAAUGGGUUGCCCAGGUCAGCCUGUACGCGCUUGAAGAAGUGCUCGAGGGACGCUCUCGCCACAUCCCUAUGGAUGCUGUCCAGGCACUCGAUGUGGUCAUGAGGCACCUGCCCUCCAUGACGUACACGCCCGUGGGUCGAUCCUUCUUCUCCUCCCCAGACGGUUACUUCCAUCCACUGGGCGGAGGACGAGAAGUGUGGUUUGGUUUCCACCAGAGUGUGCGGCCGAGCCAGUGGAAGAUGAUGCUCAACAUCGAUGUGUCGGCGACGGCCUUCUACAAGGCCCAGCCGGUCAUCGAGUUCAUGUGCGAAGUGCUGGAGCUGCGUGACGUCAACGAGCAGCGCAAGCCUCUCACGGACUCCCAGCGCGUUAAGUUCACCAAGGAGAUCAAGGGCCUCAAGAUUGAGAUCACCCACUGCGGCACUAUGCGCCGCAAGUACCGCGUCUGCAACGUCACCCGCAGGCCUGCCCAGCUCCAGUCGUUUCCAUUGCAGUUGGAGAAUGGCCAGACAGUCGAAUGCACAGUGGCCAAGUAUUUCCUGGACAAGUACAAGAUGAAACUCAGGUACCCGCACCUUCCCUGCCUUCAAGUGGGCCAGGAGCACAAACAUACCUACCUCCCUCUCGAGGUCUGCAACAUCGUGGCUGGUCAGAGGUGCAUCAAGAAGCUCACUGACAUGCAGACAUCUACCAUGAUUAAGGCAACUGCGCGGUCCGCUCCGGACCGGGAGCGUGAGAUCAACAACCUGGUGCGCAAGGCGGACUUCAACACGGACCCGUACGUGCAGGAGUUUGGUCUGUCCAUCAGCAACACUAUGAUGGAGGUGAGGGGCCGCAUCCUGCCUCCGCCAAAGCUGCAGUAUGGCGGCCGGACCAAGCAGCAGGCGAUCCCCAACCAGGGGGUGUGGGACAUGCGGGGCAAGCAGUUCCACACUGGUGUCGAGAUCCGUAUCUGGGCCAUCGCCUGCUUUGCGCCACAGCGCACCUGCCGAGAGGACGCCCUGCGCAACUUCACCCAGCAGCUGCAGAAGAUCAGCAACGACGCGGGCAUGCCCAUUAUCGGCCAGCCCUGCUUCUGCAAGUAUGCCACGGGGCCCGACCAGGUGGAGCCAAUGUUCAGAUACCUCAAGUCCACCUUUCAGGGGCUGCAGCUCGUUGUUGUCGUACUGCCCGGCAAGACUCCCGUCUAUGCCGAGGUCAAGCGUGUCGGGGACACUGUGCUGGGCAUGGCCACACAGUGCGUCCAGGCCAAGAACGUCAACAAGACAUCCCCGCAGACUUUGUCCAACCUGUGCCUCAAGAUCAACGUCAAGUUAGGUGGCAUCAACUCCAUCCUGGUGCCCAGCAUCCGACCCAAGGUGUUCAACGAGCCGGUCAUCUUCCUCGGUGCCGACGUCACUCACCCGCCAGCUGGCGACAACAAGAAGCCCUCCAUUGCUGCGGUGGUGGGCAGCAUGGACGCACACCCGAGCCGGUAUGCGGCCACAGUGCGAGUGCAGCAGCAUCGCCAAGAGAUCAUCCAGGACCUUGCGUCAAUGGUCAAGGAGCUGCUCAUCCAGUUCUACAAGUCUACACGCUUCAAGCCUACUCGCAUCAUCUUCUACCGAGACGGCGUCUCGGAGGGCCAGUUCGCGCAGGUGCUACACCAUGAGCUGCUGGCAGUUCGCGAGGCAUGCCUCAAGCUUGAGACUGACUACAAGCCGGGCAUCACGUUUGUCGUCGUUCAGAAGCGGCACCACACGCGCCUCUUCUGCUCCGACAAGAAGGAGCAGAUUGGCAAGAGCGGCAACAUUCCCGCAGGCACCACGGUUGACCUGGGCAUCACGCACCCCACCGAGUUCGACUUCUACCUCUGUUCUCAUGCGGGCAUCCAGGGGACGAGCCGGCCGUCGCACUACCAUGUGCUCUGGGAUGACAACCAGUUCUCGGCGGAUGAGCUGCAGUGUUUGACCUACCAGCUGUGCCAUACGUAUGUGCGCUGCACGCGCUCUGUCUCCAUUCCAGCUCCAGCCUACUACGCACAUCUGGUGGCCUUCCGUGCCCGAUACCACCUUGUCGAGAAAGAACACGACAGUGGUGAAGGCAGCCACCAGUCGAGCAACGGGGACGACCGGACGGUUGUGGCACUCGCCCGCGCAGUCACAAUCCACCCGGAGACCCUCAAGGUCAUGUACUUUGCUUGAGCUAGCCCCGCCCCCUUCCUUGCGGGCGGCCGACUUGCCCCGGCCGCCCAGUGCUCGGGCCGGCGCGACUCCCACUGCGUCCCGGCUCGGGGAAGGGGCACCUCCGGCUGACACUGGACGAACUGCCAGCAACGGGCCUCUAUUGUUUUAAGUCUCGAAUGGUGGCUGGAAGUGUUUUUGGGGCCUUUGGAGAGACCCUUUAAAGGGUCCUUCCAUUGAGGGGCUCCACGUUUGCUGCUCGUUGCCACGGGAGGAAGCUCCCUUUGUAUUCAAUUUUCGCUUAUGGCAUAGUUCAUGCACAUUGUGAUCAUUCCAUUCUCUCCUACCAUCUGCAUGGAUCAUAUUUCAAAGGCUGACCUAACUUAUCCUCCUCUUUGUUGGCACCACUUCACGGGAGUCUCCCUCCUGUUUUUAAAGCUGUCAGUCCGCGUUUCGUCUCCCAAGGCGUCGUAUGUGCAACGCCGGCGGAGCUCUGUCAACAGAGCCUCUGCUGGCAGUUCGCGAUGCAUUACUUGUCAUGGCCACAUCUUCAUAUGUAUCGCAAUGCCCUAAGUACCAAAAAAAUCAACUAUGGUAGCUGAUGUUUUGCUCCCAGCCUGCCAUUUUAUUUGUCUCUCUGUGUAUCUAGUGACCAGGGCAGGUAUGUGGAGAUGGUCACACGAUCCAACCAAAAUGUGUUCCAAGGGGGUACUUUGCGGGGAUCCCUUGGGCCCCCAGUUGCUUAGACACGCUGACCGUGGUUUAUUUAAUGUAGCCAAAACCUGCUGUAGCUGCACCCACAUUUAGCUAGGAAGACUCACGUGUGCAGUUACCAACUGACAAGCGUAAUGCUGGUGGAUCAUGGUUAGUGUGGGCUCAGCAACUUGCUGCAUUGCCUGUUGACUUGUGUGAGCACAACAAUGCCAUUUUCUCUGCCAGCCAGCUUAUGUUCCUGGGCUGCUUGCCACAGUGUACCGAGUUGCUUUCCAUAGAGGUUGCACGCACCAACAAGGUACCAGAGGACAGGAGAACUACGACAUGGUUUGAACCUGGCAAUUCUUAAGAGCUGAAAAAAAGGGCUCCCGCAUAUCGUUAAUCUCUCCAAGCAAUACAGCGAACCUGUCUAUAACAAACUUAAGAUUGCUUAGAAAAGUGGUCGUGAUACAGUCAAACUUCGUCAUGAUGGAGCAGGAUGUAAUAGUAGAGAUAAAAAUCAGCUCCAACAGAUCAGCAAUCUGGCUUCCAAAAAACUCAUUAUUCUAGGCUUCAAACCCACUACAAACGAGGUAAUCCUUGCCUGUCUCCGUGUGGUGUUCCAAACUUCGGUUCGUACUUUGGCGCUACCAGUCUUUUAACAGUAAAGCUAUUUAAGCUGACCGUGCAGAGCAAACAGAAAACUGUCAACACGCUCUUUGUCCUCGUCUUCUCCUUGCUCCCAGUACACGUGCGCCGAUUUGUCCUGCAUGGGAUGCACCAACUCUGAUGGGCGAGAGAAAUUCUUGGCAUCCAGAAUUCGAACCCGCAUACCCGCAAGCCGAAGGCAAGCGUCAUAGCCAGUUGGCUAUACAGGCAAGCAAGCGGAGCAGAGCAUAGCCUUGUAUAGUAUAGUCUAGCAGUUGGGUGGGAAAGGGAAGUGAGGGUAAGGAGGAGGAGGAAAGAAGGGGAGAUUAAAGGAGUACUGGCACAAUUUUGAGACAUCGCAAAAGGGACAUUUCUCAUUUCCUUGGUGUGAAUGCUCUCCACACACCGGAGUCAGACAACACGUAUAAGAUAUAUCACUUUGAUUUUAAAGUUUUCAUCUGCAAGCCUUCCCCACCGCAGUCGACAAUAUCCCAGCCAGUCGACACAGUUCCACUGAGUUUGUGAACUCUGCGUCCUGCAUGCAGCCUAAAUCUCAGAAAACACUGUCGGGGUCCCUGGACGGCUAUUACAUUUGUUGUUUACGUGCAUCGCGAACAGAUGACAGAUCUGCCGCUAGUACGUCGCAACUUGCUGUCUCCCCAUGAUGUCACACUGCGAUUACACGUUACUGAGAAGCCGCCCCCUCAAUAUCGAAGCUGAAAACGUUUUUUUUAGGGGGGGGGGGGUUGUCUUGUGACCUCCUUUACUAAAUUUAAUGAAAUUGCACAGUCUUUCUCUGUUCUUUUGCCAAUUCCAAAUGUGCAAUUAGUUUUUAAGUAUGUCAAUUAGUUCCACUGUUAAUUGAUAAUUAAUUAGAAUUACUUCCAGGAGCAGUGGAUCAAAAUCUCUCUUUAGGCACAUGGCUGGAUACUAGAAAACAUAAGCUUUACAGGGGUAGGAACACUUUUUUGAUAUGACACUAUUAGCGACAACCGCUUUUGACUGUGCGGCCAUGUUUUUCGGAGGCACGAAUGCCUCGCCGGCGAUGCUUGCUGUGCACGUUGGACAGCUCUUGCGCGUGCGGCACCGCGCCGUUGCGGCAGGCUUGCCGCUAGCGUGAGUGGGCCAUAACAUCUGCCAACGGGCACGACGAGCGAACAGCGGAAGAGAACACAACUAGCACGCGCAAAGCCGCAGGCAUGGAGGAAGAAAUGGCAGGUAGCAUGGCACAAGCGCAAGGGCACAACCAGCAACCAGCCAACACAAACUCGUGACGUAGGUUUGUUUAUACAGCCAUCGCGUUGAUGUCGGCGUCGCGAUGUGCUUGCAUCUCGCUCACUCGCGCGGCACGCACUUUAAAAUUGAUAUUAAAUAUGUUCUAGGCUAUAUUGGCCCUUGAUAUUUCGUAGACGUUGUGUAUGGCUCCACAUACAUCUAUUUCACUCAUUAUCUCGCCUUCGAAAUUUUGUGUCAGUGCUCCUUUAAGAGCUGUCAUAGCCAUCAAGAACAUUGGACAAUGUUGCUAUCCAAAAGCUCGCCGUUAGCUUAGGUUUCGUGCUACCCUUUCUUUUUGCUCACUGCCAUUCUCCUCCUGGAGAAAUGCCUGGAAAUUGAGUGGUCUCGCUCGCGGCGUCUGAAAUCUGCAUGCAGUGCUCGCCGAUCUAAGAUAUCUUAGUGACAAUUAAACUGGAGGGGGGCAUGCAGCAGUGCGCACCCCUUGCAUGCCUUAACAAAUUAUAUUUUUAUCUUCUUUUCUUAUUCCACUGCAUAUGCACCAUACCUUUAACGUGGCUGUGUCUGAAUUGUUUAUCUAAUGCAGUUUUCGUGGGUAGCACAGAAAAAUCGUUAGUGCACCGAAAUGUUGUUGUUCUAAUGGAUAGAUUGUUAUAAGCCGGUUCGACUGUAUUGCCAAAGCCCUGUUUUCUAUUGUAGAUACUGGCACAAUGAUCAGCAUUGCAUUUGCAAAUAAGUCGAUUUUGUUCCCACUCUGUACUUUUUUUAAAUUGAGCGCCAAACUUGCUGUAACGCUUCAUCAGCUAAUUUGCAACUGAAAUUAAUGUCGCAUAUGAACAUAUUUUCUGCUGCAGUUGAAAUUUCCUGCUUAUAUGAAAGUAUGCCAAAUGGUGUUGUCUGAGGAGAUGGGGGAAUGUACCAAAAGAAUUUGGCAAGUCAUUUCACCUUCAAAGUACUGUAAGUGACUAUUUUAAGGCUGUGUUUUUCCGAAUAGCUGACUUGUCUUGCUUGGCAUUUGUUAGGUGCCCGACAGCAACCAGCGUGCAUCACAGCUUGCAAUUUUCACACAGUAGCUGUACUGUGGUGACAUCCUUCCACUAGUGAUUGCAAGUAAAGAGCCUGCUGCAUCUUGAGUCUUCAUGAAAGGAUGGCGUUUUUGGCAAGUCUGAUGGUGCCCAGCUCUGUUGACUUUUCCAGUUGUUGGGGAUGUGUAGUAAGUGCCUGCUUUGAAACGGGCAGCGCCAGUACUGAACCAAAGGCAUACAUGUAGGUACUGCCGCAUGCCCGCUCAGCAAGCACACCCAGGACCCCACAACUGUUGCAGCAUUCAGGCGUAAAUUCCUGACAUGCAGUAAGGGUCACAUAGUAAGCUCGUUAUCGACCGGCCCCAUGGCUAACAUUGCAUCGUCCGAGCUGAAGGGGCUUUCAGCUAUGUUUUUUUAAAGUGACAUAUUCAGUGCACUAGUUUCUCAAAUUAAAUUUUAAGCUAAAUCAUGAUGUCUAUAUUUUUCACUGCAUAUUGUAUGAUGUGACAGCGCAGCAGCAAAGUGUCUGUGCUGCAGAAAUCUGUAUGUGUGAUAAGAACGCAAGAGGAAUACACGGAUCGUAUAAUUGGCACCAAUAGCAGCACCACAAGCCGCGGCAAAUAGAGCGGGCUCUGAAAUGAAUUUGUAUGAAUUGGUAAUAUGCGAGUAUGAGAACAAUCUUGGCAGUGGUUGUUAAUUUCUUAUGAGCAGGAGCUUCUUAAUUGGUGUAUGACUAUUUGCAGCUCACUCUCACUCACUGUGACCAGCAAACAUUGGACGUACACCAGCUAGGCAUUUGUUAAAAGCCUAGUUCAUUGAAGCACAUGACCAGGAUUUGGGGACAUGUGCAUGUAGCGCCAUCUCUCAUCGGUGACAGCAGUGGCCUGCCGUAACUGAAUGGGAAAUAGGCGAAAAAAAUCAUAUCCGACGAAAAAAGCUAGUUGUCAAAAACGACUCUCGGUUCUAUACGGCAGAGACUUAUUUGAACAUUCUGUGAAAAUUACAGCGUCGCGCUACAAACCGCAUGGCUUCCCAGAGUGUGUAUUAUAUUACAAUGGGCCCCGUGUGUUUCUAUUGGGUGGUGUUCAAUUGUCCUGGGAAGCCACACGCUUUCUAGCGCGAUACUGCAAUUUCACCAAAAUGUUCCAGUAGGUCUCUGCUGUAUGGAACCCGGAGUCGUUUUUGAUAACCAUCUUUUUUCAAGAGAUCAGAGUUUUUUUCUGUCACCUAUUUCCCAUCCAGUUCUGGCAGGACGCCAUUGCUGCCAUCGAGAGAUGGCACGACAUACACACGUCCCCAAAUUCUGGGAAUGGAUAGUAAAAAUGGGAUUACACUUAAAUUAUUGCAUUGAUGUUACACAUUUAAUCGUGCAUAUAUUUGCCAUUGCCUUUAAUUCUCAAAUGCAAUUCUAUUUAUUUUUGUCAAGCAAUUGGAAGCAGAUGUGUAACAUAUGACAGUACUUGGUGCAGUUGAUUGCGGUCUAGCAGUCUCAUUCAUUGGAAGAAUGUUCAGUGGAAAUGUUGUCAUGGAAUCGUGGGAAGUUGAUAAUUGUGGAGCAUUUGUUACUUGUUUUUAUUGAGGAUUUUUGUCUUAAGUUGGCACACUCAACAAUUGUUGCUUAUCACAUACAGGUUAAUAGAAUGUUACGCUUGUGCGUGCAGGCACUGCUCAGGCAAGCAGCGCUGUUGUGCAUAGCUGGUUUGGGGCAGGCACUAGUCACUUUGGCUGUGAAUGUAAUGGCCCUUCAUUCUUUAUCUGCAAAUCCUGCCAUUGAUUUGCCUUGGGAGGCACUACCGUUGUUCGCAUUUGUGCCCACUUGCUUCUGCUAUGUUUUUCUUGCUUGGACAAUGCAUUUGGUCUCCUCUGUGUUGGCACAUCGCUAUUCUGUUCAGAAAUUUGUGCUCUGUUUGGACAGGGGAUUGUUCUUUGUGUUGCAUUGGAAUGUGCAGCUUUUGCUGGGCUGCAGAAUGGUGUGGUAGAAGGGGAAGACUCAUUGCCGUUGUGGUGCCAGUUUGUCUUGGAAGAGGAGCUUUCCUCACCAGUCUGUCCUAAAGGAAUUGGACAUCAGCGUACCUGCCAACUCUCUUGAUUUGCCCUGGAGACUCCUGAAUUUUGAGCAAUCCUCCCAAUUUACGGGCACAGCCAUAUAUCUCUCAAAAGGCCGUGCUAGCACCGUUGUGAAAAGAAAAUAACUAAGGAUGUCUGUUCCAAAAUUUUCUGAUCGCAUGCGGAAAGCUCAAGUCACAUUCACUGCAGUACACUGGUGUGGAAAAGCACAUAAGGAUAGGCCAGAGCCUACUAGCUGUCACGGUACACAGCAGCAGAGGUGCGACAGCUGUACCAAUUUGAUAGAAAUCCUUGCGUCAGGCUGUGCCAAAACUGGGAAAUCUGUUGAAAUUGCGCUGUGCUCCCUCAAAAUACCUGACCGGCCUCAAAGUUUUCUCAGUUUCGCUAGUUUGGACAUCGCCCAAUUCAGACACACAGAAAAGACGUAGCAUGCAUGCUUUAUGUUGGGUGCCUGAAAGGUUUUCAUUUGCAGCAACUUGCUGACGGUGUAUUCGAUGUAAACAUUAGCCAUUUGCCUGCCUGCCAACUCUCCUGAUUUGCCAGGGAGAUUCCUGAAUUUUGUGCAGUUCUUUUUUUUGACACCCAUAGCCUAAAGCGCUUCAGGCUCACUGCAUGUAUUAGCUCUAGAAUUGCCACAGUUACAAGUAGAAAGUAAUGGUCUUAAAAACCAUAGCGGGGCAUGCACUUAAACAUCAGUGGCUUAUUCUUUGAGACAAGCAAAUGAUUACUGGCAGGAUCAACCAGGUUAACCAUUAUAUGGGCAUGGCCAUGUAUCUCAAGAAAAGCAGACCUAAUCCCACUGUGAAAGAAAAGAACAAAGGACAGUAGUUCUAAAAUUCCCUGGCCUUGUUCUAUUGCAUGCGGAAUGGUUAAGUUACUUUUGACAUAGUACAUCGGCAUCUUGCAGAAAAGCGUACUAAGAUUGUGAAGGGGCUACUAGUGCUAGCUGUCAUGAGACACAACAUAUUUUGUUCCUUAAUUACAGAUGUGUGCAUGUGCCCUGUAAUUAUGAGUACUGACAUCUACUAACUUUGCUGAUAAUCAUUCAUCUCUGACGUUCCUGUGGCCCUGAGAAACUGUAAAGUACACCAGUUUUCCUUUGUCGAGUCCUCUCCCGAAUGUUGAGGUUUUCAGGUAUGCGUGAGCAACGCGUCAGUGUAGUUUCUUUUUAGGAGAGACUGGUGCGCUUUUGCCCCUGGAGGAUGAGCCUAACCUUGCCAAGGCAGUGGCCUCAUGCAGUGUGAGAUUUGAUUGCAUGUGUGGGGCAUUUUAACAUAGACUGUUUUGCUGCACAUAACAGCCACAGCGGCAGCAUGCGUCGCAGCUUUUGCCGAAAAGAGGGAUUGGAGGCACUGUCUAGGUGCCUGAGAACUGCCCAAUGUUCUUCUAGUGAAGGACCGACACGAAAGGGGGCAGCUUUGUUGGACAUGAAUGCUACUGGGCGAUCGUUUGAAUACUGCCUGCCCCUUUUCGUGCACUGCAAGGAGCCCAAUUAUGUGGAACUUAGGGUUUUGUUUGUGCAUAUUCCUGGUCAAAGCAGUUUGUAGGAAGGACACUUCAUUCCAUUAGUGCAUUCUUUAGCCCUUGUUCCGGGCUUCGCAGUUUUGGCAUUAGCAGUGCGUACGUUGACACUUGUUUGAAGAACCUUUAUGGCAACUUUUGUCAGGGCUUGCGAAUCGUGACCUGUCACAUCCUAUGUUAGCUCUGCUGUGUGGAGGAAGGUUGGGGAUGAAUGAGGCAGUUUGGAUAGGUAAGCAUUGUUUAAUUCCUUUCAUAUCAAUAAACAGUAAUUGGUUAUCCUGUGCUGCCUACUUGGAACGAUGGGGUUUUGUGUAUGUGCUGCACUCUUAGGCUUGCAAGUUAUUCUGUCCAUGACUUGGGCAGAUUUAAGCAAGAACAGACAGCUAAGGCAUAGCAGAUUUCAGAUUUAUUGUCAUCAUAUAUUUUACUUGGCUUGUCUGCAUCUUAUUUAUUCUAUGGAACUAUUGGCCAUUCCUCAGAAAAGUGUUUUUCAUGCUGUGAGCAGACCUCUUAUGAAAGAGGGAUUUGAGGUGCUUGAUCUGAUGUAGUGUGGUUCGGCUCACGUUUGUUUGUUGACAGGGCUGUGUUGUAUGGUAGGUCAUUAUUUUGAAGGUGGCAGUUCUAUGCUGCGUUAUAUCCUCUUUGGAGGCUUCGACGUGGUUGCAGUACUUGUUAAGAAGUUGCCUGUGUUUGGGGUUUUCUUGGGACUUCCCUCGGUUGGCUAUAGACACAUCUUAUUUGCACAUCCUUGCUGAAGUGUCAAACUAAGGCUUUGUGUGUGUGUGUGUGUGUGUGUGUGUGUGUGUGUGUGUGUGUGUGUGUGUGUGUGUGUGUGUGUGUGUGUGUGUGUGUGUGUGUGUGUGUGUGUUUCAUUAUUGUCAAUGAAACCAUCCUAUGCCUGGGAGCUUCACAUCAGUCAGUUUUUAAGCAAAUUGUUUUAUUCAUUCCGCGGAAGCUUUUGUGUUAGCCAAGAGAGCAAUUUUUGACGAUGAUGGUAAUUGAAGCCCUCUGGAACAAUGAAAUGUGAGAUAGUGGUCAUUUCUUGUAGUGGCUGCAGAGGGGGCUUUUGGUUAGUGUUCCGAUUUUACUGUAACAGGAAAUCGCACCUUGCUACGUAUCAGAAGUGUGUUUGUAUCGUGUGCGUUGUUAUUGUUGAAGGAUCAGCUAUGCUGUAGUGAACCGUGCUGCUUGUGCCACUAGGCAGCAUGUAGCGAGUGUUGUGUUCUUGUCCCCUUUGUCCCAGUCAAAAGUGCGCUCCUUCACCAUACGGUAUAAUGAGCAGCGUGUUUACUUUGGCUGCAGGUGAACUGCUGGUGCUUGUGCUAAACUCGUCAAAUGCAGCAUUGUUAACAAGCGCAGGGAAUAAAUAUGAAUUUCUGGAGCAGCGUGAAACAAUAUAGACGAGGCUUGGUGCUCUGUCUGCUUUAUUCUUUGCUUUAUCACCGCUGUGGUGUUCCAGUGGUUAGUGUUCUGCUGCCGACCUGAAAGAUCCCGGCUGUGGCGGUCAUGUUCCUAUAGAGGUAAAAUGCUAGAGGCCCUUGUAUUCUGAUAUCACAUUAAAGAAACCCAGCGGUUAAAAUUAUCUGUAGCCCACCACUGGCAAUUCUCAGAGCCCACAACCAACCAACCAAAUCUUUUUUGCACCAAGACCAAAGUACAGUGCACAGGACGGCCCAUCAGUUGACGAACCAUUUGUUCAUAGUGAACAUGUCCUGUUUGUCUCUACUUGCCCAGUCUGUGGUUUUCCAUGACUUUGAACAAAGAACCAGUGUGUAGGCAAGUUGGUUUCACUCAGUUGAAAUUGGCAGUGCACUACUAAAACACAGACUAAACUACCCAGGAAGGAGGACAAGCGCAUCCACUUGUGCUUCUUGCUGCGUUCUUUUGUUUACAUCUUAGUAGCGCACUGCAAAUUACAACCAUGACUUUGCACCUUUGAAGAGGACAUUUAAUAAAGAUGUUAGUAUUUUAAUGAACAGAUGUGAUCUGCUGAAAAUGAUGAACAACCCACGUAGAUUCAUUUCAAAAUGUUAACAGCGCAAGAACGAUUAGGAUGAGACGAGACAACAAAGGUAAAGUUUACCUUUGUUGUCUCAUCCCUUCCUAAUCGUUCUUGCACUGUUAACAUUUUGAAAUGAAUCCACACCAACUUGCCCAAGCGUCAACCCUUGCAACCCACGUAGGACACAGCAUAAGGAAGAAAACACAGAUACAGUGCUGACUUCUAAACGAUUUAGGUUUCUCUGCAAGGACUGAGCUACCUCUCUUUGCCACGUGCCAACAGUGACUCUUAAUCCACCUUAUGCUUCUCUGCCCUGAAAAAUAUUGCAAAGCUUAAGUCCUUUUUUGGAGUCCGAGAUUUUUUCGGUUGAUCUAAAUUUUAACUUGCUGCACAGUCUUUUUGCUUCGGCCUUCACUUUCUUGAGGUCUUCCCUUUAAGCUAAAUGAUUGGCUGCUUUCGAGGUGCUGAUGUGCCCCGAGUUAUUACGGUGUUGCAGUUACCUUUAAUGUGGACUUAUCUUGGCCAAGCACUUUCGGUUCCUCCUGCAGCCCAACUUUCAGCCAGCCGUGGCACGGUGAAAAAAUUGACAGAACAUUGUUGUGUUAACCACUUGUGACACGUGCCAUAUGCACAGUGUAAUUCCUUGCCUCCUCAUUGUAUAUGUACAGUGUUUAUGAACUGACCUCAGCCAAAGGAGCAGUUGAAAUUUGUAAUGUUACUGCAUUGAGCAACUAUAAAUUCCUUAAGUAUUAUAAAUAUGUAUAUUUUGAUGAUGGCAUGUGGGCCUAAUGCAGCUAUCCAUGUUCACUGUGUUUUAACCUAUUACGUGCACUCAUAACCUCAUAGUGGCAGUUAGUUUCUGUAUUUACCAAAUCGCUGGGUGACUCUUGCUGCCAAGGUUUGGUGAGCCACCUUCAUAUUUUCAACUUAACACGCUCCGGAGCCUUGGCAGCCCCCGUCACCUGUUGUUUUGUCUGCCUUGGAAAACUGCACAGAGUUGAUUUAGCUUGUAGUUAAUAUAUUGUAUGCAUUUCCUUUUUCUUCUUCUUUAGGCCUUUGCAGUCAACAGCGUGUUUCACCUUUUUAGUUGCACAGCAUUCCCUGAAUUGCGUGUCGUGUGUGGUGUGUAUGUGGUGGAAGGUAACGCAGUUUCUUGUCCGGGGGAGGCUGCUGCCGUGCUCCGUGUGCUAUUCGCCACACAAAUGCGCUCAACUCGCUUGCGCUUCAAAUUUGCCAACCGAGAACUCUCCUCACUGCACCAGUGGUGGAAUGCAGUCAUGGUACAUGAGUGCUCCCCCCCCCCUGCUUUUUAGGCUGCCUUAUGCAACUCGUUAAAGGCCAACUCCGGCGAUUUUUUGGCCAUGUCAAAGUAAUGGUGCUUUUAUGUUCCUGAGACGCUCCUGUUACGGGCCCGAUAGCAGAAAUACUCGGCAAAUUGGAGAAUAAUUUUAAAUAAGCAAAAAAGCGCAACACCGAAACCCAACCGAGUGUACUGUCUACGUAUGACGUAGACGUUGUUACGAACGAACCGGAAGUCGUGCAAGGCAUGCCGGUCACGCCGGCGCGGAGUAUGAAAACUGUGACAGCCGGGACGACCAGCGAAGCGCUGGCCAAACCAACGCUGUCUGUCGCCUUGUGCACAGCAGACGCUCGCUGUAGCGGCCUAAGCGCCGAAGUUAGCGGUGC